UAUUUUUUUUUCCUUUCCUAAUGGCAAAACAAAGAAGGAAACUUUUGCCAGAAAUGAUUUAUUUAUAAAAGAAAACAGAGAAAUCCAUAAAUGAGUUCAUUGGGCAGUCUUGAAGAUCAUCAAUCACAGAGUAUUUCAGAAACCAUAUAUAGGGGCUUAGAUUCUCUUUUGCCAUCUUCCUCCUUUUGUAUUUCCUCGCUAAAGAAGAAAUUUUUACUCUGCCAAUAAAACUCUCCCUCUCUCUCUACUCUCUAAAUCUUCUCUUCCCAUGAUAUAACCUACUGAUAAAUAAAUCCGAACGUUGCUCUUCUACUCAGAAACCUCUGACAAAUGACUAUGGAACACGAAAUUGAAGCCUUGGACCAGUUUCCGGUUGGGAUGAGAGUUCUUGCUGUUGACGAUGACCAGACUUGUCUCCGUAUUCUCCAGACUUUGCUUCAUCGCUGCCAAUACCACGUUACAACCACGAAUCAGGCACAGACGGCGUUGGAGUUGUUGAGGGAGAACAGGAACAAAUUUGAUCUCGUUAUUAGUGAUGUCGACAUGCCAGACAUGGAUGGUUUCAAGCUUCUUGAGCUCGUUGGUCUUGAAAUGGACUUACCUGUCAUAAUGUUAUCUGCGCAUAGCGAUCCAAAGUAUGUGAUGAAAGGAGUCAAGCACGGUGCAUGCGAUUAUCUGCUUAAACCGGUUCGAAUUGAGGAGCUCAAGAACAUAUGGCAACACGUGGUGAGAAAGAGCAAACUUAAGAAGAGCAAUAGCAGUUUGAGUAAUGGUGCGGGAAACUCUGAUAGAGCCAACAGAAAACGUAAAGAACAGUAUGAAGAGGAGGAAGAGGAAGAAAGAGGGAAUGAGAAUGAUGAUCCAACGGCUCAAAAGAAAGCUCGUGUUAUUUGGACGCAUGAGCUGCACAACAAAUUCCUGUCAGCUGUUGAUCAUCUGGGCGUUGAGAAAGCUGUACCCAAAAAGAUUCUUGAUCUGAUGAAUGUUGACAAACUCACAAGAGAGAAUGUUGCUAGCCACCUUCAGAAAUUCCGCGUUGCCUUGAAGAAGGUGUCUGAUGAAGCCAAUCAACAAGCUAACAGGGUGGCCAUUGACUCACAAUUGAUGCAAAUGAGUUCUCACAAAGGACUUGGCGGCUUCUACCACCACCGCGCAGUACCUGUUGGAUCCGGUCAGUUCCAUGGUGAAGCCACAAUGAUGAGACAUUACCCUUCAAAUAGGAAUAUUGGUCGUCUAAACUCCCUUGCAGGAGGAAUGUUCCAACCAGUCUCAUCAGCAUUUCCUCGUAACCACAAUGAAAGAGGAAACAUACUUCAGGGGUUGCCACUUCCCCCUCUAGAAGAGCUUCAGAUCAACAAGGCUUUUCCAAGCUUUACUUCACAACAAAACUCUCUAAUGCUUGCUUCCAACAAUAAUCACUUACUUCUUAAUGGUCACCCUCAGUCAUCAUCACCAUCGCUAAACCCGGGAUUCUCUCCUCAGUUUGAGAUCAACAAGCGUCUAGAACAUUGGUCAAACACUGUAUUGUCAACCAACAUUCCACAGAGUGAUGUUCAUUCAAAACCUGACACCUUGGAAUGGACCGCGUUCUGCGACUCAGCCAGUCCGCUAAUAAACUCAAAUCUGGAUACAAAUCCGCACCCGGAUUUCGGAUCCUCAAGUGCUGCACAAACAGACUUUUUUAAUCCAUUGCAGGUGAAUCAGCAGCAGGCAAAUAACUCUGGUCCAAUAAUAGAAGCUCAACAUUUUAGAAAUUGCGAUUCAAAGCAAGGGUUACACAUGGCUUCAGAUGCUGGUUCCUUAGAUGAUAUAGUCAAUUCCUUAAUGACACAGGAACAGAGCCAAUCUGAUUUCCCUGAAGGUGACUGGGUUUUGGAUGGUUUAGCUCAGACGGAACAUGGAUAUGAGAAACAGUUUUUUCCCUUUUCUUUGUCAACUUAAGAAACUCUUUUGUUCAGACACAAUCAAUUAUUAUUAUCUUUGGUUCUGUCUCUUCUAGCUUCUUUGUAAUGAGACUGUAAAAGCUCUUGUUUACAGCUUCCCUACUGGUUUGAGCAACAUCCAAAUCCACAUAUAAAAUCAAAA